AGCUAACCCCGACCACCCGGCGUGUCAGCAGAGCUCUAUCAAGCGUACUAGCGGUCCUUUCCUGUGUUGCAAACAAAAAGAAAGUCACGUUGAGUGACUCAAAGCAGCCGAAGUUUCGGUUUUAAGAAAAGGAAAGCUUGAAACGUCUCUGUUUUAUACUGCGCGACCUGGAUUUUGUGGUUGAUUAUACUUGCUGUGAAUGAUUGAAGCCCAGCAGCCCACUGCAUUAGAAUAGUUAUAUUUCUAACACGAUCAUCAGUUACGAACGGUCCUUGGUGACAUCAUGAGUGUUGUGAAGUCCAGUCUGUCAGUAGAACAGGAGAAGAAGCUGCUGUCUCUGUUCGGUAAUGUCAGACUCCACCUGCUUUACAAAGCCAGCGUCCAUGGCUACAUGAAAGCAGCCUUCCACAGCCGCUGUGAUGGCCAGGGACCCACCGUACUUGUGGCCUACAACAAGACUGGAUUUGUUUUCGGAGGUUACAUCAGUAAGGACUACGCCCAGACUAACCAGGCCAUCAACGAUGAUAAGGCCUUUCUCUACAGCAUCACUGACCAGAGAGAAAAGCCACUGCGUGUGUCCAGUACCGAUGGCCAGUAUGGUUUCACGAAUGGAGCCUAUGGUCUUAAUGUUGGUGUCUUGUGGUUCCUUAAUAAUAACACCGCCACAGUUCAAAUUGUUGCAGGGAACAGCUACACCUUUGAAGGGGAAGAGAUGCAUGGCAAUGACCUGCAGCUGACAGAGUGUGAGGUGUACAGAGUGGAAGACUGUGGAGACCUUCUGGAGACUCCUUGGAGGAAAAUUGACUGGGAAGGAUAUAGCACCAAGGAUCGCCUGAUGGACUAUAUCAAGAACUAUAAGCCUGAGGUAAAGUCUGUGGUCCAGGCCAGAGUUCUGCUGGUGGGUCCGGUCGGGGCUGGCAAGUCCAGCUUCUUCAACUCCAUCAACUCUGUCUUCAAAGGACAUGUUACCGGGCAGGCUAACACCGGCAGCGCAGGCACCAGCCUCACCACACAGUUCCGUACCUACAGCAUCAAGGCAGAGCAGGGUGGGAAGGCUCUCCCUCUGGUCCUGUGUGACACCAUGGGCCUGGAGGAAGGACCCAGCGCAGGGCUGGAUAUAGACGACAUCAACAGUAUCCUGAAGGGCCACGUACAAGACAGGUACCAGUUCAACCCGUCCAUGUCUGUCCAGACGGAUGGUGUCGGGUUCUGUAAGUCGCCCAGCCUGAAGGACACGAUCCACUGUGUGGUCUACGUACUGGACGCCUGCAAGGUCACUCUGCUCUCUGCCAAGAUGGUGGACAAGCUCGCCGCCAUCCGCAAGGGGAUCAACAAGCUGGGUGUUCCCCAGCUGGUCCUGCUUACCAAGGUGGAUGAGGCCUGUCCUCUAGUGAGAGAUGACCUGACCAACAUCUACCUCAGCCACUACAUAGAGAGGAUGACCCGCGAGGUGAGUGUGUGUCUGGGUGUGUCCCAGUCCUGUGUCCUGCCAGUGAAGAACUACAGUCGUGAGCUUGAGCUGGACAUCCACACAGACAUCCUCCUGCUCACUGCCGUGGUCCAGAUGCUUCGCUACUCUAACAACUACUUUGAUGACAUCUAUCAGGCUAGGGAACCAGCAAUGUGAGUGGCUAGGGUAUUAGGUGUGAUACUGAUCUGAAGUCAGUCUGGGAUUUUACCUUCUAAUAGUUAAGGAUAGGAUUCUGGGGAAUACACUGAUCUCAGAUGUGUUUUAAAUGGCAACUUUUAGUUAUCGUUUUAUAAACCUUUUUAUCUUAAUUUUCCGAGGCUAUUCCAUUCUGACAUUGCCCAGUUACAAUUUAAACAGAAUAUAUCAAACAUUAGGAACAUCUUCCUAAUAUUGAUGUUCUUUAGGUGGUGGACACACACGGGAAACUGUUGAACUUGAAAAACCCAACAGCAUUUCAGUUCUUGUCACAAACCGGUGUGCCUGGCACCUACCCCGUUCAAAGGCACUUCAAUCUUUUGUCCUUCCCAUUCACCCUGUGAAUGGCACACACACACAAUCCUUGUCUCAAUUGUCUCAAGGCUUAACAAUCCAUAUUUAACCUGUGUCCUCACCUUCAUCUACACAGAUUGACGUGGAUUUAAUAAGCGACAUCAUUAAGGGAUCAUAGCUUUCACCUGGAUUCACCUGGUCAUUCUGUCAUGGAAAUAGGUGUUCUUAAUGUUUUGUUCACUCAGUGUAUAUUGUAAUUAGAUACAAUAUGUGUAUGUAGUGUUGUCUGCAGAGUCUGUACUGCUAUUGGUCAGAUAAGACAUACAACUAUAUACUCCUCAUUGCACUUUGUUCAAUACAGUAUUUUAAUUUAACAAAACUAAUUGCUGAAUAAACAUCUGUUGCAUAUCUAGGGCCUGACUCACUCAGACUUGCUUUAAAGUUGUCCAAACUUUCAGAAAGACAGAGAGAGACAUCCAACAUAAGAUACAUGUGGAGAUGCAGUCCGGUACAAACAGCAAACAAAUUUACAACAAUCAUUGAGUAAAAGCAGAAAAGUGAAUCCUUUUCAUAAAAUAUUAAAGGAGUAUGGUAAAAACAUGAAUCAGUAACAACAAUGGAAAAUGUUAUAUUGUGCGAGACAGCCUUGAAAAUGUUAAUCUUGUCUUAGUGUCAUAAAUAAUCCUUGGUUCCUGCCUGUGCCUGGUAAAGAUAUGAGAGUGGGCGACAUGAGCCCCUCCUUAGGACCAUCUGGCAGAACACCCAGAAUAUGUUUUAUAAGUUAAGAUAGCCAGACACAUGCCAGAACCAACCCUAUGAACCAUGCCUAUGUAAUGUGUCUGCAACCAGUAAAUAAGAGAACUAACAGGACUGCCCUGGAGGAGCUCACUUCAGACCGGUACUUUAUGCAUUUAAGUUGGACUUUAACCUCCCCAGCUUGCUGUUAAUAAACAAUGAUUCAUUUAA